AUGAUUAUUGAUAUUCAUUUAGAAGUCUUAGACGAAUGUCAAAAGGGGGACCUGCAUUCCAGGAAUGAAGACUUUUUUGAAAUUUUGGUGCAAGAAUUUAUGGGAAGCGAAUUUAUAAAAGAAGAAUAUGUUCCUGAGGAAGGAGUUGCUAAGGAAAAAGUUUCUAUGGUUGAUGUCCCUAAGAAAUGUGUUCCUAAGGAACAGGUUCAAAGUUCAAGUUCCGGGUUUUAG